CUGCUACUAGAAUUAUCUCCCUUGAGUAAACGUUUCCAUGGACAUUCAAUAAAUUUUUCUAUAUUAUUUUCUACUUUUUAUCCGUCUUACAUGCAAUUUUAAAUGUCAUGAUAGAAAAAAGUAUUUAGAGGUCAUACUUUUCAUUACAAAGAGAGUAAUUAGGUUUGAGUUUUUCUGCUAGCUAAAACGAAAAUAAUGACCACUGUUGCAGCCCCGGAUAACGAACAGCCUCUCAUACCGAGCACUGGUCGCUUUAUUUGGAAAGAGGAUGCAAAUGGGAAAGGUGUGUUAGAAUGGAACUCGAACAACCCUAAUGCUGAUAGAGACAGAAGACGAAGAAAAGGUAAUGAUGGAAAUAAAAGAAAUGAUAGAGUAUCAUCUAGUGUUGCUAAGAACCAGCCUUCAAAGGUCAGAGGUCGUGGCAACCACCCAAAAUCUCCUAGACCACCGAUUAAACCCACUGAUACUCACAGUACAGUCACAUUAGAAGAUAUCAAAUCUGUAGCAAUGGACAUGUUAUCAGAAGUGUCAGAUAUAUCAGAGACCUUUGAAGGCAUGUAUAGAAGAGAACAGUUUGAUAAUUUCUUGCGGUUUUUGCUCACAUAUUUUGGAUGUUUUUUUGAGAAAUUGCACCAAGAACACAAACAAAACAUAUCCACUUACAUGUAAGUACAUUUGAUUUUAUAAUUGAAAUAUCU